UUUAAACAGCUCCCCUCCCCCUGCUCUCCCAGCCCCAGGAGGACAGUCCCGUUCCAGUCAGAGCGCAGCCAGUUCCCCCGGCCCCUCCCCCCUCCCGCUCGCCGGCGGCGAUGGGGCACGGCGCGAGCUGCAGCCGCCCAAGCGAGGAGGUGGACUUCUUCGGCGCGGCGCAGUGCGGGGACACGGCCCGCCUCGCCGCCGCUCUUCGCUCCCGCCCCACCUUGCUCGCCCGCACCACGCUCUUCGACCGCCUCUCCGCGCUCCACAUCGCCGCCGCACACGGCCACCUCCAGGUGGUCUCCCUAGCAUUAGAUCUUUGCGUGCACCCCGACGUCGUUAACCGCCACAAGCAGACGGCAUUGAUGCUCGCGGCGAUGCACGGGAAGACCGACUGCGUCCGGCGGCUUCUCGACGCCGGCGCCAAUAUCGUGAUGUUCGAUUCCUCGCAUCGGCGGACGUGCCUGCACUACGCGGCCUACUACGGGCACGCGGACUGCCUCCGGACCAUCCUCUCGGCGGCCAAGUCCGCGCCGGUGUCGGAAUCCUGGGGGUUCGCGCGCUUCGUGAACGUGCGGGACGACACCGGGGCGACGCCGCUGCACCUCGCGGCGAGGCAGGGCUGGCGGCGCUGUGUCCACGUCCUGCUCGAGAACGGCGCCAUCGUGUCCGCCUCCAGCGGUGCCUUCGGAUUCCCCGGGAGCACACCGCUACAUUUGGCCGCGCGCGGCGGCAACCUGGACUGCGUCCGGCAACUGCUCUCCUGGGGCGCCGACCGCCUCCAGCGAGACUCCGUCGGGAGAAUUCCGUAUGAGGUCGCCGUGAAGCGAGGGCACGUCGCGUGCGCGGCGCUGCUGAACCCGUCAUCCGCGGAGCCCCUGGUCUGGCCGUCCGCUCUCAAGUUCAUCAGCGAGCUGGAACCCGACGCCAAAUCUCUCCUCGAAGCAGCCCUGAUGGAGGCCAACAGAGAGAGGGAGAGGAGGAUCCUGAAAGGGACUAAGAAUGCGUUGCCGUCGCCACCGCACCACGAUGACGGCGCUCAUGACACCGCCAUUGCCGAGGCGAGCGACGCGGAGGUGUGCAGCAUCUGCUUCGAGCAGGCGUGCAGCAUCGAGGUCCGGGAGUGCGGGCACCAGAUGUGCUCGGCGUGCACGCUGGCGCUGUGCUGCCACGCCAAGCCCAACCCGGCGACGCAGUCCCAGCCGCUGCCGACCUGCCCGUUCUGCCGCGGCGGCAUCGCGCGGCUGGUGGUGGCGACGCGGACGAGGGCUGGCCACGACGACGAGCGGGACAAGCUGGAGUCGCCCAGGCACCGCCGGUCCCGCCGGUCCAUGAACCUCAGCGGCGACGCGGGCAGCACCAGCAGCACACUCAUGGGCAGCAUCGCCUCGUCCAUCGGCAAGAUGGGCCGCCGACGAACAGAUAGCAGCGAGCAGGUCGACGACAAGCCGUAGCAGAAAUGCAGAAUCCUUUCAUGCACCCGUCCAUUCAUAAUCCACGUGAAAUCUGUCGCCGUCGUGGCCGCCGCCAUCCCAUCCCUCCAGGAACGAACAAGCCUGUUUUUGUAGAUUAUUUUUGGCAAAUGAGUUAUUCACCUGUGUAGAUUCAUUC